AGUAGCACUGCCACUAGAGGGGAAACGCAGAGAGAAGGAAAGUGAUCGAUCAUUGAUCAAAGAUGGUAAAGCAAAGCGUGGUGGUGAUGAUGGUGGUGACAAUAAGCAUAAUGGGUGGUGCAACUGGAAAUGCAAUGCGAGUGAAACUGAAAGCAGGGAAUUGGGGUGCAAGUUUUGAAGGAGAGAAGAAAGAAACGCUGACCAACCUUCAAUUCUAUUUCCACGACACGCUCAGUGGGCGAAACCCGACUGCGGUUCGGGUGGCUGAACCGGUCGACAAAACCAAGUCUUUCAUCACCCUUUUCGGCUCAAUCAUGAUGGCGGAUGACCCGUUAACAGAGACAUGGGACCCCAAGUCCAAGAUAGUGGGCCGGGCCCAGGGUCUUUAUGGGUCAUCGUGCCAGCAGGAGGUUGGGCUUUUGAUGGCCAUGAGUUACUCCUUCAGUGACGGGCCAUACAAUGGAAGCUCCUUCGCCCUUCUUGGGAAAAACUCGGCCAUGAACCCGGUUCGUGAGAUGCCUGUGGUGGGUGGCACGGGGCUCUUCCGCAUGGCACGUGGCUAUGCCAUCGCCAAGACUCAUUGGUUCGAUCCCACCACCGGUGAUGCCAUUGUUGGCUACAACGUCACCCUCCUUCAUUAAACUUAUGUUGCUCAACUACUUUUUUAAUAUAACUUAUCCAACUACAUUAUAAAAUAUAUGGGUAUGUUCUAUGCAGUUAAUAGUUACCGUCUUCGCCUACCACUCUUUUUGUAUGUACUCAUCUUUUCUUUUUCUACAUCACUUUCAUCCUUCAAUAAAACCUUUAUUACUUCUCUUUA